AAAAAAAAGACACCUAAAAAAUCAACUAUUAAUCAAAAAAAGACAACUAGAAAGUUCAUAAGAGAAAAACGCAAAACCCUCGAUUACCUUACUGAUGAACUCCUUACAGAAAUGGACGAGUUGGUGUGCUUCCGACGAGAUGCUAAAGAACGACGUUUGAAUGAUUAUAGUAGUGUUACUGGAAUACCUGCGGUCGGAUCUUCAGAAGAAAAAGAACAACAACAUUAUGACAUGGGCGAUUAUGAUGGUGGCUGCUCAGGUGGGUACAAUAGCCAUCAAGAGCAGGAACCAGUAGUCCUUAGCGAUUCCGAAACCGACAGUGAAAUCGAAGCUGUCGUCGGUCAGUCCAACACGACUACUGUCAACGCCAAGACCCAAAAUGGCGGCAUGCCCACAAUGAUGAGUGAGCAUCCCGGCUCUUUGGUUCCCUGUGAGUGUCCUGCCGAUCGUCUUACAGUUGUGAAGGUCGAUUUCUUUUUUGUUUCCGUUGUGAAAGCCAAAUACGACUUCCAAUAUUGUGGAGGUUGUAAGACAUUUCCUUUUGCAUUGGUGGAAGCAGGCAUGUUCCCCCUAGCACCAGCCAGACCUACGGCUGCAUUGCAUCUCAGCCUCUGUGAUUUUUUCGUCAACCUAAGAAACAUCUUUGCGGGCUCUGCUGAAAAAAUUGCAGAAUUCUAUAAGGUCUGCGCAAAUCAGACAGCUCAGGUACAGUCUAAUAGAGAAAAUGCUUCCAACAGUAUCAUCCUGUACAACAAGAUGGUUGAGCUGUCUGAACAGUUGGUGAUGGGGGAUAUUUCCACAUCAUGUGCUGCUUGUCCUGAGGUCGGAUCAGAUAAUUUAAAUGACAAGCAGUACAUGAUGAUGGAUGGAAACUUUCGUUUGAAAGGAAGAAGAUCGUUGUUAGAGGACCACGACUUGUCCAAAGUCGCUGGCCUUGAUGGGUUCAAGAAGUUUUGGAUCCAUCAAGCUUUAGUCGACAGAUAUGACCCGUCUGCGCAGCCUGGUGCCAAGGGCACUACCACUACCAAGGGCACUACCACCACCAAGGGAACUACCGCCACCAAGGCUACAUCUACCAAGGGUACCUCCACCACUGAAGAGGCUACAUCUACCAAGGUCGCUGAGCCUCGCAAAUGGCAGGUUGUGGUGCACCAAAUCGCACCUCAGCCAUUUAUCCUGUUCGUGGUGUCUUUGGUCGCGGCUGCGCAAGACAUGAUACUGUGUUCCAACUAG